UUAUCAACUUUUCUGAAGGGUUCUUCGGGUGCAAACUUAUAAAUCUAGUGUCAGUCCUUUUCAAACAUUCGCAUGCUGCAGUUCCCCACUUUUAAAAUGUUUGAAUUUGUUCAUUUUUUUUGGUACGCUUUUGUUGCCUGCAACCUGUACGGAAUGGCUAGUUCGGAGAACGAUGCCUGCUCACGGUGUAUAUUAACAGACGCUCCUCUGCAAUGCGGUGCCUUUGUUCAUGCGGCAUUGCACCCACUUUACGAUGACAUUACUAGUAUCCUGGCGACACAGAAGGAAAUCCUGGCGAUACUGGGCAGCACUCAAAAAGGAAAAGUAACCAGUUUUGACGGAACACCGCAGAAGCUGGUUGCGAUCGAAAAAGAAACACUGGAGGAGAAAAAAAUGCCACCGCCUGGCUUUCAGCAGAUCGGGAAAAGAUAUUUUUAUAUUGAACAUAAAAUUGAACUUAAUUGGAAUGAAGCUGAAAACUUCUGCAAGGAAAAGGGAUGCCAUUUGGUGGAUUUCCAGAGUAAAGAGGAGUUUGUCGGCAUCCGCGAGAUACUUAAGAACGAUACUUUUUACUGGACUGGCAUUAACGAUCAAGCCAAAACUGGAAAGUUCGUUUCUGUGUCCUCUGGAAAGCCAGUCACAUUUUCCAAGUGGUAUAAGGAAAACCAUCUCCUUUCGCUACAAAGCGGGCUCUGCGUUGCUGUGCGUGGACGCCUUUUAUCUAGUUGGCCAUGCGAUGUUUCAAGAUUUCAUUUUAUUUGUCAGGCAGUUGAUUACUAAAACCAAAAUAUUAUUAAAUCUUAGUACAAUAAUGUAAUAAUAUAACGUUAAUCACUUGAUACUGUCAUAUUGUUGUAUAUAAAGAUUUUAUAUAUUCAUAUAAUUACAUAUUUUAAAAUGUAAAAUAAAAGUGUAUUUCUUUUACAUCAAUUCUAAAUAAAAAUUAAAAAAAUAAAGUUCGAACCAAAUUAGGCUAGUAAGUAAACUAAAAUAUAUCAGUUUAAAAUUGUUUAGUUUAUUAGUGAACAGUACAAAAAUA